AUGGAUAAACCCUUAAUAGGAAGUGGCCAAAUCAAUUACCUAACGAUGACAAGUGGAGAUGAUGGAAUAAUAAAAGGCGGCCCGGCGACUUCUUCGUGGACAUGCAAGAUCCAUCCUUUGUUCAACGCCGUCACGUCGGUCGCGUGCGUGGUGAUGACGUGGGGCUUGAUGUAUUUCUUCUUCGGCAUGACCCCUGGCUCUGACCUGGCCUCGGUCGUGUUGCUCAUCUCGUGCUCGUGGGCAUGUGGCAAGAUCGCAGACAUGAUGUACCUGCCGCCACUACUCGGCAUGCUGCUUGCCGGACUUGUCCUCCGCAAUUCCGGUCACUACGACGUGGAUCAAAACGUCUUCCAGCCGUAUAUCAUUAAUUUAAGGGAAGUGGCGCUCACUGUGUUGUUGGUGGCUUCCGGUCUCAGCCUUGACCCAGCCAUGUUGAAAAAGCUCAGUCUCGUCGUCACACAACUGGCCAUACUGCCGUGCAUAACCGAAACGAUUGCCGCAGCCGUGGUUACGCACUACCUACUUGGACUGCCGUGGAUCUGGGGACUAUUACUCGGGUCCAUUUUGAGUCCGGUGAGCUCGGCGGUUAUCCUUCCAGCACUGUUGGACUUCAAACAAAAGGGUCUAGGCGAGGAUAAAGGGAUCAUAACACUGGUGAUGGCCGCAUGCAGUUUCGACGACAUAUUUUGCAUUUCCGCAUUCGGAGUGUUUCUCAGUAUCAUAUUUUCUGAGGGUAGUUGGCAGACGAAUGCCAUGCGAGGACCCAUCGAAGUAGCCAUCGGAAUCUGUGUAGGCAUCGUUUGGGGUAUAAUCACCGGUUUCAUCCCGCACAAAUGCGAAACAAGUCUGACCCUGAAACGGACGUACAUAAUAACGGCCGGAGGAGUAUUGCUCACGUUUGCGUCAAAAAUGAUCGACAUACCGGGAGCCGGUCCUCUGGCGAUCAUGACGGCGGCGUUUGUCUCGGCAAUCUGCUGGAAAAAAAACGAUUGUUUUAGCGAUAACGUGGAAAUGGCGACGAACAACGUGUGGGACUUUUUGGAGCCUAUGCUGUUCGCCUCGAUCGGCACGGAAAUUGACUUGAGCAGCAUAAGACCGACGUUAAUCACGUCGGCGACCGUCCUGUUGAUCAUCACGUCAUUGGUAAGAGUGGCCACUUGUUUCUUCGUCUUAAAGGAUACAAAUUUCAAUUUACGCGAGAAAAUAUUUGUUAAUAUUGCGUGGUUACCAAAAGCAACAGUUCAAGCAGCGAUUGGGCCAAUCGCAUUGGAUAUGGCACGCAGUCGUGAUGAACGCUUAAUCCCAUAUGCAUCUGAUGUAUUGGCUAUCAGUGUGUUAGCAAUAUUGAUCACUGCACCGAUAGGAGCAAUUGCCAUGACACUACGAGGAGAAUACUUGUUGAAGAAAUAUUGA